UAGAGCGACCCGAAGAGAGGGACAAAGUGGAAGUGGGGAUUGGGAGAGUGUAUACACUGCGUAUACCGAUAUUCCACUGACCGGUGUUUCCGUGUCAUGUAAAGCGGGCUUAUCGUGCAAUAAAUUACCGGCUGCGAGCGACUUUAUUAUAUAGACGGUCUCCGCUAUACCGGACUUUGCCGCCGGGCAGCGCAUAAACCAUGGAGUUAAAGGCUAAUGCAUGUGAGGGAGUCGGCUUCUGAGGCCGAAUCUGAUGCCUGCUGGCCCUGGGCCUGGACAGCAGAUAAUACCGGCCUUGCUUCACGCUGUGACCUGACCCUCUUCCUUGGUAUUAAAUAUUACCCCUGUGGGGGGCUGAUCCUCCUUAUUGCCUCCAGCGGAAGUGGGUAUCCUGGGGCACUCGAGUGCUGAUGUGCCAAUGACCCUGAUCCCCUGUGAACGUGAAAGACGGCAGCACCGGCUAAUCUGCUCUCCUCCCUCCUCCCCCUGUCAGACCCGACACAAGCAGCACCUCGUCAGCCUGUAGUGCCGCGGAGCAGCGAGCAGAGAUUAGGAUGAGCUGGCUCUUCUCUUCAUCCAAAGGCUCCAGACCUCUGCCGCCUUUAACCAGUCUGCAGCAACAGAAGCAGAGGCAGAUCGAGUCCCUCAAAGCCUGUCACAGCAGCAUUGCUGAGAUUCAGAAAGAUGUGGAGUACAGACUGCCUAUCACUAUCAAAAACCUUACCGUCAGUAUAAACAUUUUGCUUCCUCCACAAUUUCCUCAAGAGAAGCCCCUUAUAAGUGUCUUUCCUCCAAUUAGACAUCACUUGGUGGACAAGCAGGGCAUCAAUGUGACAUGUCCUUUAGUAAAUAACUUUACUAUGCACUCGGACCUUGGUAAAAUAGUACAGAGUUUGCUGGAAGAGUUCUGGAAGAACCCUCCUACGCUGGCACCUGCCUCUGCUUCUUUUCCUUACUUGUACGGCAAUCCAUCAGGACUGUCUUCUUACGCUCAUUCGGGGUUUCCGUUUCUCCCUACUUACCCCGCGCAAGAAACAAAUAGAUCAGGCCCUGUUCCUGAACCUGUUCCUGCAAACUACAACGCUGCCAAAGCCGCUGCUCCUUCCUGCGGCUUAAUUACAGACCUGCCUCUACCGGUCCCUACUUCAGAAGUGGGAUUGAAUGGUUUUACAUACAAGAUGCCUGAUAUCCCUGAGACGUUCCCUGAACUCAUGGCGUUAAGCGUCUCCCAACUCUCGGAAAUGAUAGAACAAGAGGAUGUUCUGUUGGAACAGUUUGUAAAUCUCCCACAGUUUAAGCAGAUCAUCACAGACAAAGAAGACCUGGUGAAGAACAUAGAGGAGAUUGCAAAAAAAAACCUGCAGCUGGAGCCCGUUCUAGAAUCCAAACGACAGUCGAUAUUAGAAAAGUAUGAACUUCUCACCCAGAUGAAAGCAACGUUUGAGAAGAAGCUGCAGAGGCAGCAUGAGCUGAGUGAGAGUUGUAGCCUGAGUGCUCUGCAGGCCAGACUGAAGGUUUCAGCUCACGAAGCAGAAGAAGAGUCUGACGGUAUUGCAGAAGACUUCCUUGAGGGGAAAACAGAAAUAGAUGAUUUCCUCAGUAUCUUCAUGGAAAAGAGAACGAGCUGCCACAGUAGAAGAGCCAAGGAAGAGAAACUUCAGCAAGCCCUGUCCCUGCACAGCCAAUAUCAUGCCCCGCUAUAGAUGAUUUGAACAUUUCCCAGGAAACGCUAUUGAUUGAGUCUGAGAAAGCACAUUUUGUAUUUCUGAUUUGAAACUGGAGAAAAUGUUUGAUCUACUUGACUGAAUUAUAUUAUGUGGGUAGAAUCGUUUUUUGUACGACUUAACCUGUCAUUUGCUACAUGUUCACUACAAGACAUCUUUGACUUAAGACUGCAUCCAUUGUAAUUACUUCUAAUAUUUUUAUUUUCUGUAACCCAUUGCAAUGAUUUAUAUUAAAUAUCUAUUUAAUGGCAGAGAA